UCACACGCUACAGCUCGCACCUCGCAUUCGACCGGUUCAUCCCCUUUCGGGAACGUGUGACUGUCGCACUAGACUUGCUGCAUCAGUCUUUCUCUUUUCAUGUCGAGUCCGUGCCGAGUAGAGAGCGUCAAAGACAGAUAUUGAUCCCGCAAUCCGCUCUACAACGGCCUACCUGGAUGAUACGCAUAUCACAUGGAUAGUGGGAGUUUUUUGAAGAGUCCCGUUUCGACUAACAUUGCACCACGUCCAGCACUUGUGACGUCAAUUCCCAUUUGCGAAUCACGGGCUGAGGUGCGACCUCAGACUUCUAAGCGCAAGAGGAUCGCUUGUCAAGAGUGCCGACAAGGCAAGCUUCGUUGUGAAGGCACUAGCCGCCAGUCAUGUAAGCGAUGCUCAUUGUUGGGUCUGACGUGUGUCUAUGACAAUGACUACAAAAGAUUCAACAAACGCUUGAAGCUGCAAGAGCUUACGAAGGAGGUUGAGAGGUUGAGAGCCACGCAACAAACUUCGUCAGUCAGCCAGGAGACUUCACCAUCACACCAAAGUCCAGAGCUUCAUUUAAGACCUGAAACUGAGCUGUCUCCUGGUAGAAUUGUCCCAGAGUCGCCAGUAUGCGCACCUGAAGUUGCUUCCUGCGACGAGGUGCCGAAUACAUACGCGUCACUCUGCGAGGCGCAUCACCCUCAAGUUCUCGGAAACACCAGUCUAACAGCCGUUCAAGUCACUCGAUUAUUUCGAAGAUAUUUUAAGGAAAACCAUCCCUAUGUGCCUAUUAUCGAAGAGGGUAUUUCCCCAGACAAUUACCAUGGGCAAUCUCCAUUGCUUUUCUGGACCAUCAUUGCCAUCGCUUCCCGUCAUGAUGAUGAGGAGCCCACCGUGGUGGGAAGUCUUGCACCAUUUCUCAAGACGCUUUUAUGGCAGACAAUAGGAUCUCCUCCACACACACGUUCCGAUUUAAAGGCCAUGAUAUUGCUUUGCCUGUGGCCAAUGCCGACAUCUUCCAUGUCCACAGAUUCAUCAUUUGUGCUUGCCUCUGCUUGCAAGAGCAGUGCCAUGCAUGUAGGUGUACACAGGCCCUACUCUGUACAGGACUUUUCCAGAAUUCGUACUUCUCCUCGCCCUGACGAGGUAAAAGAUGCCUUGAUCACAUGGUCGGCAUGCUUCAUAGCUGCUGAAAGUAUAACAAGUCUCAUUGGCCAAGCGCCUCUUUUUGUCACAGAUGCAACUCUUGACGCAAUUUGCAAUGGCAGGAACGAUGUUGGGAUUCCGCCAGACAUGUACCACUUGGUCCUGAUUUGGCGUUUCUGCAACAAGUUCAACAGGGUCAUGGCCAGCCGAGAAAGAAGAGUCGGCAGUCUUGGUGAGAGCGACAGUGGAGUACUUCUGCCUCUCUAUGAGAUUGAAUUGGUGCAGCUUCGACAACAGUUGGGUGACAAUCUAUCUGAUGACAACGAGAUCAUGUUUCUCUAUGCUUCUCUACAGCUAAGAUGCUACUAUUUUCUAGAAAGCUAUGCCAGAGCCUCUUCACGAGAAGGCAUCUUGAAAGCGUAUCGCUCAGCUGUGGAUGUCAUAUGGAGAUGCCAUAAAAGAGACACAGACACGCAGUUAUUCAGAAGGGGCCCUGUGAUAUUUCGCAACGCUCUUUCCAUUGCCUCGGUAUUCGUUCUCAAAACACUCAGAAGCAGUAAUUCUCAACUGGUCGAUGCCGAGGAAGGUCGCAGAGCGUUCAAUGUAAGUCUCAGCCUCCUACGAAAGUGUUCAAUCGAGGACAAUGACCUGCCGGGGAGGUUCUCGAAGAUCUUGUCACAGCUCUGGUGUGCAACCCCUCCAGAGUCCUCUCCUCAGAGAGGGUUGAAUGUGACAAGUCGACUCGGUGGCAGUGUUCUGCACGAUACUCUCUGGACAUGGCGAGAAAAGUUCGGCGGACAAGCACCCGACGGCCAAAGGCCCCAAGUAAGUGCAUUCUCUGGCCCGAGAACUUCGGCCCCGUCCAGCUCAAACAGAACGUGGCCUGGCGCUUCCCCUGACGAACAAGGCCACCGUAAUGAUGUGAGCCAUCCCACCACUUCAAUAGGGCAACCUCACCACGAACAAUCGGCACCAUUAUCUGGCAAUUGUGACAUGGUCGAUCUUGAUCUUGACAGCGAACUCAACAAUGACUGGUUCUGGAAUGAGGCUGGCCUCUCAAGCUUGCUGACUACUGAUUUUGAUGCCUUGUGUCUCCCCGAAGCUUUCAACACCAACAACAAUUUCGUAGGUCAUGGCGCGUCAGUACGGCUCUCUUGAAAGGCUGUUGGUUUUCUGUUGCCAGUGAAGUCCGGGGUGUCAAAGAACAUUACAAGUUGCGGAGAAGCAAUGAUACUCUCCAUUGGGCCAAUCAAAGUGCGGUUUUUAUUCUCUCCGGUUGACGGCCCGAAAUGUGAAAAGAGUCCAGUCUUGAACCCCAAAAUUCAUCUCCGCAGUGCGGAAUAAAGUCUGAAAGUACCUCGACACAGUCAGUUGAAGCGGCAAACCAAGAGGAGUUCCAG